AGCUUUUUAGGUGCUCGUCAACAACGAGGGAAAAACGAUAGCUGCCGUUAGGUGCAACGAGAUUUGGCGGCUAUGGUGGCUAUGGCGGCUAUGGGCGAAACAGCCGCGCUAGUCAUGCGCAGCGGGGCGGCGGCGGCCGCGGCCUCUCCGCUUACUCUUCAGGCCGCUAGGGGUACGGCCGGUAACGUGAAUCGGUCGGGGUCUCGGUCGACCAGGAACUGGAGAUCGUCGGGAUCGACUGGACGCGACUACGGCCGCCCUUGUCGCGGACGUAAGCUUCGUCUUGAUUCUGUCCCCUCGUCUGCUGUCAUUGCGCGCCAAGCCUCCUGCUCAUCGUCGGCUUCUUCCCACAUUUCCCGCCAAGACCAAUCUUUGAAUGCGCGCCAAGCCUCGUCGUCCUCUUCUUCGUCCCGCGUUUCCCGCCAUAACCAAUCUUGCCGCUCGUGGCCAUCUCACCUCGGCCGAGUACCUUUGGCGUCCUCGUUUUGGCGCGCAGCAGAGUCCUCGUCGUCGGUUUUGUCACUGGGCUCUACUGCCGCGCCUGUCGUAUCUGAAGGCGGGUGGGAUGAAUCUGCAGGUGUCGUGUCUCAGCAGACGAUCGAAGAUAAGGAAAAGGAUAAGGAAAAGGAUAAGGUAGCGAUUAUUGACGACAUACUGGCAUUGGUGGAGGGAACUGACCGAGGGGCCAAUUUGUCAGAGGAUAGGAAGAAAGAGGUAGAAAUGUUAACCCAACAGCUGGAGAAUUUAGGGGGGUGCGAAAAACCCCUCGAAAACCCCCUUAUUUUCGGUAAUUGGCGGAUCGCGUACGCGUCUGUGGCCACGUCAACGGGUGGGCGAUUCCGCGGAACGAAACUUCGGCGAAGCCUCUUCGCUACUUCCGAUCUUCAGCAAUCGAUCACGCCGCCCAAUAUUCUGAGAAACAAAUUCGCUUUCAAAAUACUAGGUCUUAUCGAUGGGGAUAUUUCCUUGAGAGGGGUCCUCUCGCCUGUCGAGGAUUCCAGAACCGUUAGAGUAGAUUUCGACCGUCCAAAUUGGCGGAUCGGACCAUUGCGGUUAACUAUUGGCGGUGAGAGCUUUGUCGUUCUCUCUACAACCUUCGUGGACGAGAGGGUGAGAGUGGGCAGAGGUAAGAGGGGCACGCUCAUCAUCUUCACUAGAGCAUGACCAAAGCGCGGUGUUUCAGGCGUAAAAUUCAAUUA